CAAUUGGAGGAGUUGUUGUUAGGUGGUCCAGGAGAACCGGUCGCGGAGGGAGGAAGGCGGCAAGAUGGUGUUGGAAAGCACUAUGGUUUGCGUGGACAACAGCGAGUAUAUGCGGAACGGGGACUUCCUACCCACCCGGCUACAGGCCCAGCAGGAUGCCGUCAACAUAGUCUGUCACUCCAAGACCCGUAGCAACCCUGAGAACAACGUGGGCCUCAUCACACUGGCCAAUGACUGUGAAGUGCUGACCACACUCACCCCUGACACCGGCCGCAUCCUGUCUAAGCUCCACACUGUCCAACCCAAGGGCAAGAUCACCUUCUGCACUGGCAUCCGCGUGGCCCAUCUGGCCCUGAAGCACCGACAGGGCAAGAAUCACAAGAUGCGAAUCAUUGCCUUUGUGGGAAGCCCCGUGGAGGACAAUGAGAAGGAUCUGGUGAAACUGGCUAAACGCCUCAAGAAGGAGAAAGUAAAUGUUGACAUUAUCAAUUUUGGGGAAGAGGAGGUGAACACAGAAAAGCUGACCGCCUUUGUAAACACAUUGAAUGGCAAAGAUGGAACCGGUUCUCAUCUGGUGACAGUGCCUCCUGGGCCCAGCUUGGCUGAUGCCCUCAUCAGUUCUCCGAUUCUGGCUGGGGAAGGCGGUGCCAUGCUGGGUCUUGGUGCCAGUGACUUUGAAUUUGGAGUAGAUCCCAGUGCUGAUCCUGAGCUGGCCUUGGCCCUUCGUGUUUCUAUGGAAGAGCAGCGGCAGCGGCAGGAGGAGGAGGCGCGGCGGGCAGCUGCCGCCUCUGCCGCUGAGGCCGGAAUUGCUACGACUGGGACUGAAGGUGAAAGAGACUCGGACGAUGCCCUGCUGAAGAUGACCAUCAGCCAGCAGGAGUUUGGCCGCACCGGGCUCCCUGACCUAAGUAGUAUGACCGAGGAAGAACAGAUUGCAUAUGCCAUGCAGAUGUCCCUCCAGGGUGCAGAAUUUGGCCAGGCAGAAUCAGCUGACAUUGAUGCCAGUUCAGCCAUGGACACAUCUGAGCCCGCCAAGGAGGAGGAUGAUUAUGACGUGAUGCAGGACCCCGAGUUCCUUCAGAGUGUCCUGGAGAACCUUCCAGGCGUGGAUCCCAACAAUGAGGCCAUUCGAAAUGCCAUGGGCUCCCUGGCUUCCCAGGCCACCAAGGAUGGCAAGAAGGACAAGAAGGAAGAGGACAAGAAGUGAGACUGGAGGGAAAAGGGAACUGAGCCUGUGCAGGGGGCCGAGUAGGGUGGGCUGGGAUAUAGAGUUAGAUGCGUUGUCUGUGACCACUGCAACCUAAAUAAAGCUUGGCAACUUUUUUUCUUUUUUGCUUCAAA